GAUACCAAAUUCCAUGGUAGUUCCGCGUGUUUAUGUUUUAUAAAAAUGCGAAUAAUAUUUGUAGUUACUUGUAAUGAGUCAUCGCAAAUCUUACAACACUAAUGACAUAAGUUCAGGAGGAAAGCCAGAAUGUUUGUAUUCAAAAAUACACAGGCUUUAUGUAAAAUCGAAAUGCAAAGAAGAAAAGCAGAAGGAUUUACGCAUUUCAGUAGAACUGGUCCCAAGUGUCAACCCGGUGUUUGGACAGAACCUGACCGUGCAACUGACAGAUGACGACGACCCCUUCUUCCUGUACGGCCUGGCCCUCACCGAGGACGACUUCAAGGACCUGAAGAGCCAGCAGGGCCUGCUCGUUGACUUCGACCGCUUCCCGGGCGAACUGCUGCGCCUGCUGGCAGAGUGCCGGCACGAGGGCGAGCCAUCGACCAACCGGUUCCUCCUGGUGCUGGAGGAUCCCGAGAGCGAAGGGCCGUACAGUGGCCAGCAGACCAGCCUCCAGGUGCUGGAGACCAACAACUUCAAGCACCUCUGCCACUUGUGUCUGCACGUCAGCCGGGGGAACGAUGCCGAGAUUAAGAAGCUGAUGGCCGUGAAAAUCAAGCAGUUGAAGCAGGGAUCACCGCGCAAGAUGAGGGGAGUUUGCAGUCCAACAAUGCGCUGGCGCCGACUCAAGGCGACCGCGCCUUACCUUGAGAAUGCUGCGCUGGCUCCACGGUCUCCAGACUGCGUGACGGCUGUCCCAGGAAGUGCGGAGGCGGCGGAGAGCGGCGGCAAGCAGCUGUCCCGCACCGAGUCCCAGCUGGAGGAAGCGGUGCGCCGGCUGGAGGAGAAGACGCGCGAGCUGGCCGAGUCUCAGCGGCGCUGGGCGGAGGAGCGGUCGGACCUGCACGUCGGCAGCUUGCGCGAGCUCGCCCAGGAGCGCGAGAAGUGCGCCGGCUUGCAGCUGGAGUGGCAGCGCAGGCUGGCGGACGAGCGGGCGCGGCUCGAGGAGCAGCACGCCCAGGCCUCGCGCGGCGCCGAGGCGGAGCUGGCGCGGCUCCGGUCGCAGAACGAGGCGCUGGCGGAGAGGCACCGCCAGGCGGAGAGCCUCGGCAAGGAGCUGGCCGCGCAGCUGGAACAGCUGCGCAAGGAGGCGCGGCAGUUGGAGCAGGACUGCGCGGGCCUGCGCCGGCGCAACGUGAAGCUGGACGCCGACUAUCACCAGGAGGAGAAGGAGGUGCACGCCCUGGCCACCAGGGUCGCCGUGCUCGAGCAGAAACUUAAAGAUAAAACUGUCCUCAUCAACAAACAGAACGAUUUGCUGUGCAGCACCAAUCAAAAACAGGCACGCCUGGAAGAGUGUCUGGCCGACAAGGAUUCGAUAAUACAGAAGAAACAGCAGGAGGCCCAGAAUCUGUCUGAUGAACUUCUGAAGUCGAAUGAGAUUCUUUCCAAACUUCACAUGGAGCUCAGUUGCACCAAGUCCAAGCUGAAGAUGCGGACGAGCAUCGCCCUGGAGCAGGAGCGGCUGCUGGACGCGAAGCAGAGGGACCUGGGAGAGGCGGGCUCCCGCGCGUCCCAGCAGGCCGAGCGCCUCGCCGCGCUGGAGGCCGAGGUCGCGGAGCUGCGCGGCGCGCUCGAGACCGCACGCAGCCAGCUCGAGGAGAAGACCAAGCACCUCAGGAACAACGAGAACGUGAUCAACUGGCUGAACCGGCGGUUGAACGAAGCCCAGGCCUCGCCGCUGCCACCCAGGAGCACCGCCCUGGGACUGACGGCAUCGUCCACGCCGCUGUCUACCGCCCCCAUCACGGCCUUCAUGUCCAGGUGGCCAAAGAAUCCCCACAACCUAGAAAAACCAUCCCUUACAGGCAUGCUGUCCAAUGGUCCGGGGAUGAAUGGCAUUGCCCACAAGGAACCAACGAAGAACAGUGUACCAAAAGAAGCCAUGAAACAAGAUGCCAGGAAAAACCAGCCUCCACCUUUAUCGGCUUACUUUCCAAAGUGACUUUUAAUUUAUUUAAGACGCACAUUUAUCUGUGUGUGUAUUACAUAUGUGUAUCAUAGCAUCAUUACCUGUAAAGUGCAAUUUUUAUAAAUUUGUGAACUAACCCAAAGCUUAGGCAAAGUAAUAAGUAGAAAUAUUAAUUUGUAUAUAGAGCAGAUAUAUAAUAUAAUUCCCUGGAAAAUUAAAUAUGAUUUUGUAAUUUUUUUAA